CUGGCAAUGGCGGGAAUUGGAUGCCUCCCGCAACCCCAUCAAAUGCUGCUACUUCCCAAACAAAGAAACCAUGGUGUCCUCCAAUGCUGCUCCAAUAAUCCCAAUAGCAGGAAGGAAAGAACCCAGACCCCAAAAUUCUUGAAACUUGCUGUUACCGGAGUUACUGAACUUCUAAGACUCCUCUCCCAGUCUGACAAAAACAGAUCGGACACAACAAACAGUCAGAUUGAUGAAAAUUUGGUUUCUAAUAUAGAUGACAUUCUAAUGAUUAUCAAGUCUGACUAUGAGAAAGCAUACUUUGUAACAGGACACUUUACCUCAGCAAUUUAUGCAGAUGAAUGCACUUUUGAAGAUCCAACUAUUAAAUUUCAAGGAAGGGAUUUGUAUUCACGCAACUUGAAACUGCUGGUGCCUUUCUUUGACAAUCCAUCCAUAUUCUUAAAAGAGAUUAAGAAGAUAUCCCUUCAAUAUCAGAUGGACCCUGUGCCACACAUGAAUGUUAGUGGAAGCUUUUAUCUGCUAAUAGAGUGUGGCCUUCUGAUCUGUAGAGACAGUGGAAAAAUAGAACUGAUACUGGGUAUCAAUCCAAAAGCCAAAUAUAUAAUUGCAUCGUGGAAAUUAAGAACCCAUCUCAAACUUCCGUGGAGGCCUCUCAUUCUGAUUGAUGGAACCACAACCUAUGAUAUUGACGAUCAGUUAAGAGUUAUUAAGCAUGUUGAGAGUUGGAAGAUAUCUGCACUUGAAGCAAUAGGUCAGAUAUUUACUCCAGGCUUUCUGAGGUCAGAUAAAUGAAUCACUUAUUCUCUGGCGAAUUUAACAGUCUGUUCUACAUGCAUGCUAUUCAACAUGGACCAAGACAGAUUGUCCAAAUCAGCUUUAGAAAACAGACUUUGCUCUGCUUACAUCAUUGGGGUAUUAGACCCAAGUUGAUCUAUAACUAGUCUCCCUCUUGUUCUGGGGAUGAGAAAUCGCUCUGUGCUCUUUUCAGAGCUAAAAGCAUCAAAUGCUCGAUACUGCAAGGAUAUACAAGCAUUACAUGAAUGGCCUCACACGCGUUAGUUCUAUGUGACAGUUUCCUGAAUGAUAUUCUGAAACUGCAUGCAGGAGAUGACAAAGAACACCCCUUGUAUCUUACCCUUAAAAACUUAAUUUGCUUAGUUGGCUUUUUGCCUUCAUAAGGAAUGAUUAAGAUCCCUAGUUUUCUUAAAGACUUCAGAAAUAUGAUUCUACUUUUAUGCACAAAUAUUUGAGAAUCAGAUUCACAGUCCACUUGGUCUAAAGUAUGUAAGCAGUUGUUGCCACUCGUAGCUCUGACAUUAUAAACACUGUAGGAUGCUGUUUGUUAUGAUUUUUAUUGUUAUAUUGAUGUGAUUGGUGGUCUUCUGAAGUAAUUAAGGAAAUGAUUUUGAUGU